AUGGGAGCCUCAGGGAACCUAGGUGUCCAUGCGUGCUCCUGUGGCUACAUGUACACCAUAGGGGAGUGCACUCGACCCAUGCAACAGACCAGAUGCCCGGAAUGUGGAGCACAGAUUGGCGGUCGAGAGCAUCAGCUGCAACAGGGCAACCGACGUCUGGGUGAUACACGCAAUGGCGGAUGGGAAAGGCGUGUGGGGCGUCCAGGCUACAGCGUCGUUUCUAGGUCAGGCUCCAAGGGUGUUUGGGAAACAAUUUGCCCCGAUCAUGAAACGUAA